AUGGGGAAUCAGCAGCUAAGUUUGUCUAGAAACGGAGGUCUCAUAGGCAAUUUACCAGAGUCUAACUGGAGCAGUCCCUUGAGGUUGUUAGAUCAAUCUUUAACAAAAUUUUCAGGAAUAUUACCUGAAACAAUCGGAGAUCUUAUACACUUGAAUGUGUUAGAUCUUUCUUAUUGCAAAUUCACGGAUUCAAUUCCAAGAUCACUUUGGAACCUCACAGGUAUCACCAUUUUGGAUUUGACAUUCAACAAUUUUACUGGCCAAGUCCCUACAUUGGUAUCUAACCUCAGGAAGCUCACUCGUCUAUCAUUUGCACACAACAGUUUUUCCGGACAAUUUCCAGAUGUUUUGGGCAACCUCAGCAAAGUGAUUGAAAUAUAUCUCUUUGAUAACAAUUUUAGUGGUCAACUGCCAUUAUCAGCAUUCAAUCUCACUCAGGUUUCUCAUUUACACUUUUCACACAAUGAAUUUGUGGGUCAUCUUCCUUAUCAAGUAAGUGGCCAUUCAUCUCUAUCCAUUCUCAAAUUAUCUAAUAAUUUUCUGAUUGGAAGAGUGCCGUCUUGGUUGUUUAUUUUGCCAUCUUUGCAAUAUUUAGACCUUAGAAACAACAAGUUCACUGGUCCAAUUCCGAAUCCCAUAUUUCAACCUUUGAAUCUUUCUUUACUUGAUCUUUCAUCAAAUAACCUCACUGGCAUUGUUAGGUCUGAAUUCUUUUCAAAGUUCAAAAACCUGGAAGUUAUGGAUCUUUCAAAUAACAGUCUACUGUCACUAAGAACCCAAACCAACGUCAACUCUAUGUUGCCCAGGCUCAAAGUUUUCGGAUUCUCUUCCUGCAACAUAACCGAAUUCCCUGUUUUCCUGAGAACCUCAACAGAAUUGAUGAUUUUAGACCUUUCCUAUAACAAAAUUUCUGUAUAG